AUGAAAGGACCAGCACGCUAUAGAGAUUUUGAGAUGUCUACCAUGAAGCAUCUCAAACUUCUGUCCUUCAUACAUGCAUCAAUAUCACCUUGUGCUGUUGCUGUCCUUGCAGUGGCUGUUGUGCUGUCUGCCUCCGCCGAGCAUGUGAGGUGGUGUGUGAAGUCAGACAAGGAGCACCAGAAGUGUUUGGCGCUGGCUACCAAGGCGCCAGUCUUCUCCUGUGUCAAAAAAUCGGAUUCUCUGGGAUGUAUCAAUGCCAUUCAUGACAGUUCAGCUGAUGCCGUUACUCUGGAUGGAGGAGACGUAUACACCGCUGGCAUGAAGAGCUUUAAACUUCAUCCCAUCAUUGCUGAGGACUAUGGUGCCACAUCAGAAACGUGUUACUAUGCCGUCGCCGUGGUCAAGAAGGGGUCCGAGUUUGGCGUUCGAGACUUGCAAGGAAAGAGAUCCUGCCACACCGGCUUGGGAAAAUCUGCCGGCUGGAAUAUUCCGAUUGGAACUCUUAUCAAGUUGGGUGUGCUGCAAUGGGGAGGCGUUGAAGAUGAAUCCAUUGAGGCUGCGGUUGGAAAGUUUUUCGCCGAAAGUUGUGUGCCAGGUGCUGAAUUGGGUUCCCAACUGUGUAAAGGCUGCAAAGGAGAUUGCUCGCGUUCUGACGAUGAACCUUUCCAUGGCUACAGCGGUGCAUUCCAGCAAGUUGUGGUCCUAGGUGUCUGGUGCAAAAUGCCGGAGAUGUGGCAUUUGUCAAUCAUCUUACUGUACCAGAUGAUGCCUGACUAUGGUAAACUUUUUAAACGGUUCCAAUCAUUCCCCCACCCAGAGAGCACGAAGGCUGACUACGAGCUGCUGUGCAUGAACGAUUCUCGAGCACCCAUCGACUCCUACAAAGAAUGCCACCUGGCCAGGAUACCUGCUCAUGCUGUGGUGACCCGACAAGACCCGGUGCUGGCAGAGUGUAUCUGGACUAGUCUCACCACAGUGCAGGACUUUGACCUGUUCUCCUCUGAGGCGUACGCACCGGCCAAGAAUCUAAUGUUCCAAGACUCUACUGAAAAGCUAGUCAGGUUACCUGCCAAUAUCACCUCGGUGCUCUAUCUGGGCGCUACCUACUUAAGCGUCGUGCGCUCACUGAACAAAGAGAUCACCGCAUCCGGCUCGAAUGCUAUCACGUGGUGUGCCGUGGGCCCGCGUGAGACUGCAAAAUGCGACCGCUGGAGUGCCAACAGCAUGGUGGACGAUAAAAACAAAAUUCUGUGCAAGACUGCCUCUACAGUGGAAGAGUGCAUAAAGAUGAUCAUGUGCAAAGAAGCAGAUGCAAUGGCCAUGGAUGGAGGAGAGGUGUACAUCGCAGGACAGUGCGGUCUGGUUCCAGCCAUGGUGGAGCAGUAUGAUGAAGUAAUGUGCAACCAGUCUGGAGGCUCAGCCUCAUCCUAUUAUGCGGUCGCUGUGGUCAAAAAGGGUUGUGGGGUGACUUGGGACAAUCUGAAGGGGAAGAAGUCUUGCCACACAGGCUUUGGCAAAAGUGCCGGCUGGAACAUUCCCAUGGGUAAAAUCUACAAACAGACGGGAGACUGUGACUUUACAAAGUUCUUCAGUAGCGGCUGCGCCCCUGGAGCUCCGGCCGACUCGCCAUUCUGCUCUCUGUGUGCAGGCAGUGAUGAAUCUGUGGUUGACAAGUCAAAGUGCCAAGCCAGUUCGGAGGAGAAGUACUAUGGCUACGCUGGGGCCUUUAGAUGUCUUGUUGAGGGUGCUGGUGAUGUGGCCUUCAUUAAACACACAACUGUUGCAGAAAACAGCGACGGAAAGGGUCCAGAGUGGGCUGCUGAUGUCUUGAGCAGUGACUACAAGCUGAUUUGUCCAACUAAGGAUCCGGUGCCAAUCGCAGACUUUGAGGCUUGCAACCUUGCCAUUUCCCCAGCGCAUGCUGUGGUGACCCGUCCCGAGACCCGCAAUGAUGUUGUCUCCGUUCUUCAAGAACAGCAGGCUCGGUUUGGCCGAUAUGUCAGAGAUCCCAGUUUCAAAAUGUUUGGGUCCAGUCCGGAGGUGAACCUCCUUUUCAAAGAUUCCACCCAGUGUCUCCAGGAGGUUCCAAGUGGGUGCAACUAUAAGAGCUUCUUGGGACCAGAUUACAUGGAUGCAAUGACCACACUGAGGGAGUGCAGUGCCUCUACUUCAGAGUUGGAGAAACUGUGCACUUCCAGCAUCUGCCAGACAAAUUAAAUGACUCAAAAUGCAGAAUGCUGAGGCCACAUUUUGUUCUCUGUUCCCAACAACUGCUUAGAAAUUAUCCUUGGACGAAUGACUCAAGUCAUUUUGCAUUGUUUUUCCAACAUGUGCCUCAAA